UCUAUCAACUUCUGCCUCAGCAUCGCAUUUGCUCCAUCUCCAUGGCGUGUUCUUUUUCUCCAGCACUGCCAUCUUCUGUUUCUAAACCCAACAUCUCAAAAGCUUCUGUUUCAAAACCCUCAAAUUUGCCUUUAACUGUUUCAGUUCCAUGUGAGAAACGUCAAAGCAAAUCAUUGAGAAUCGUGAGAGCUGUUUCAAUCUCAAACCCAGAAGUGAGAACUGGUCCUGAUGAUCUGGUUCAAUCUAUUCUCUCCAAGGUGAUACAAACAGAUAGAGGAGUUUCACUGACUAAAGAAGGACACAAAGAGGUUGCUGAAGUUGCUCAGGAAUUGCAGAAAUAUUGUGUUAACGAACCAGUCAAAUGCCCUCUUAUAUUUGGAGAGUGGGAUGUGGUGUACUGUUCAAAUCCAACAUCUCCUGGGGGUGGCUACAGAAGUGCAGUGGGGCGCCUUUUCUUCAAAGCAAAGGAAAUGGUUCAAGUUGUUGAAGCUCCUGACACUGUCAAAAACAGUGUCUCUUUCACUGUCUUGGGUUUCCUUGACGGAGAAGUCUCUUUGAAAGGAAAACUUUAUGUCUUGGAUGACAAAUGGAUUCAAGUUAUUUUCGAACCGCCGGAACUCAAAGUUGGAGGAUUGGAGUUCCGGUACGGUGGUGAGAGUGAGGUUAAGCUGCAGAUCACAUAUAUAGAUGAGAAGAUCAGGCUGGGAUUAGGAUCCAGAGGCUCUUUAUUUGUAUUCCAAAGACGCAAGUAGACAGUGUAAACAACUGUAGAGAUUUUCUUUUGGUUCCGUGGCUUUUGUAUUGACCAUAAUUUCAUCCUAAAUGCUUCUUUGCAAAUUGCAAUAACAAUCAGCGUAAUCUUUGCAA